AUCAAAUUAAAUUCAAACGCGCAUACACAACUUUGAAGUUUCAAGUUCAAACUCAAGUGAAGAUGUUCCAAUUCACAAGAUUAUCGGAGCGAAUGUAUUCGGUCUAACAAUAUCGAUAUUAUGGAUUGACGCACACAUGUCAUGCUUUUUAUUGCACUAAAUACACACACAACUUUAUUUUCUUUUUCACUUUUCUUUCCUUUUCCCACCCAAACUUUCUUUUCUUUUUCUUUUUCUUUUUCUUUUUCUCAAUGUUACUUCUUUCAUUUCAUUUCCUUUUCAAAAUCAACGAAAACCAAAGCCUGCAUAGAAACUUGAAUUCUUGAACAGAAAACCGAGAAUGGCAACAAAUAACUCAGCCAUGAAAAAAUCGAGGGAGAAAUCGAGGGGCUCCGAUUCUCCUGCCAUGAAAAAGUCAUGGUCAAGAGGCUCCGACUCAACUCAAUUCGAAUCACCCGCACGUUUCUGCUCUCCCUUACGAUGGGACCCAACAGACUCACCGGAGUAUCGCUCACCUGAAAACUCGCCGGGAAAAAUGAUGGAAAAUUCAAAUCCAAUGGCAGUAGUUGCAGUCGAUAAGGUAAGGCAGUUAACUCCUGGAAAAUUAACGGAGCAACAGAAGCCACCGGAGAAUGCUUUGGCGGUGGUCAACCGGUCAGAGAGAGAGGAGCCGGAGCGGCAGGUGAUGAAGGUGGGGACCACAGAGGAAGGUGGUGAGCGCGAGCGGAGAGUGAGGUCGGAUUCUGUUGGGAAGACGGCGGAGGAGGUGACGAGAAAGGCGGCGUUAGGGUUCCGGCUGUGUGAGGUGGUGGUUUGUUUGAUUUCGUUUUCAGUUAUGGCUGCGAAUAAGACGCAAGGUUGGAGUGGAGACUCUUAUGAUCGUUAUAAAGAAUACAGGUAUUGUUUAUCUGUGAAUGUUAUCGGAUUUGCAUACGCAGCAUUACAAGCAUGUGAUCUGGCCUUUCAACUAGUCACUGAGAAACACAUGAUCAGUCACCACCUUCGCUAUCACUUUCAGUUCUUUAUGGAUCAGGUUGUGGCAUAUCUUCUGAUAUCAGCAUCAUCCUCUGCAGCUACAAGGGUGGAUGAUUGGCAAUCAAAUUGGGGGAAAGAUGAGUUCACAGAGAUGGCCACUGUUUCUGUUGGAAUGUCAUUCCUAUCUUUUGGUGCUUUUGCUAUGAGCUCACUCAUCUCUGGUUACAUCCUUUGUACCCGCCGCAACUCCAUGUGAAUUUUCAUGUUUCUUUAGUUUCUUUUCUGCAUCUGUGACCAAAUUACAUUCAAGAUAUUGUUGAUGUUGGUCAUUUUUUCACUCUACCAAUAGACUUGUGUGUAUAUAAACAGUUUCAGUAUAUUGUUCAUCUUAUAAGGGGGAGGGUGAAGAAGCAGAGUUUCCUUGUCUUGUUUCCAUUCAAAAUUUGCAAUGCACUUUUUAUUGCUAACUUUCUUCCAUAAAAGCCUUGUUACCAGUCA